GCUCGGCACGGCCUCGGCGGCGCCAGCGGACGGGCACCUGCUGCCGCCCUCGCCCGCAGCGGGCAGGGGUGCAGCGCUUUGUCCGGGACUGAGCGGGCGCGCCCGGCCCUUGCGGCGCCUGGCCCGGCUCGGCCCAGCUUAGCGCAGGCCAGCGAACGGCGGCUCUCGGGGCGUCGCCUGUCUCCGGCGGCCUGGGCACCGCGGGGAGCGUGAAUGAGAGUUUGCUCCGAUUUACGAGCAGGGAGAAGCUGAGGACUCCUGAUUCUUCUCUGGACAGCAAUGCUCUUAUGCAGCUUGGAGUUAACUGUUCCAUCCAAGAGAGUAAUGGAGAAGGCUUGGAAGCAUGCUUUUCCACCAUUGAUAUGGACUGAGACUCCAACCGUCAUGUUAAGGUAAAGCAGAAAAGUGCAGUGCUGAACAUGCUAAAGAAGUUGGACAAAAUAAGGUUCAGAGGUCACAAGAGAGAUGAGUUCCUUGAUUUAGCAGAAUCUCCAAAUGCUUCAGACACUGAAUGUGGAGAUGAAAUCCCAGUGAAAAUACCUCGAACGUCAACUCGAGACAAUGAAGAGCUGAGAGACCCUGCUGGUCCAGGGACCGUCAUCAUGGCUUCAGGAGUCCAGGAUUUUAACAGGACGGAGUCUGACAGACUAAAUGAGAUCAAAGGUCACCUGGAAAUAGCCUUACUGGAAAAACACUUUUUACAGGAGGAGCUCAGGAAGCUGAGAGAAGAAACGAAUGCUGAAACGUUAAGGCAGGAGCUAGAAAAGGAGCGACAGAAGAGAUUAGAACUAGAACAAAAAGUCAAUGAAGUGCUUAAAGCAAGGACGGAAGAGGUGCCUGCAGCUCAGCAACCUGCAAAGCCACAAGCACAAGCCAAUGGAACAGAUAAGCGUAGUCACACAGUCAGUUCCAGACUCCAGAAAUGGUUUGGUGACAAAUUUGGGGAGUAUGUCGAGGACUUCAGAUUUCAGCCAGAAGAGAGUACAGUGGAAACAGAAGAGCCACUUAGUGCAAGAAGAUUGACUGAAAAUAUGAGAAGAUUAAAGAGAGGUGCCAAACCUGUUACUAAUUUUGUGAAGAAUCUUUCCGCCUUAUCAGACUGGUAUUCUAUCUACACUUCUGCUAUUGCCUUUAUUAUAUACAUGAAUGCUGUAUGGCAUGGCUGGGCCAUUCCUAUGUUCUUAUUUUUAGCAAUUUUGAGGUUGUCCCUAAAUUACCUCAUAGCCAGGGGUUGGAGGAUACAGUGGAGCAUUGUGCCUGAAGUUUCUGAACCCAUGGAACCUCCAAAAGAGGACCUGACAGUGUCUGAAAAGUUUCAGCUUGUUCUAGACGUCGCUCAGAAGGCACAGAAUCUUUUUGGCAAGAUGGCAGACAUACUGGAAAAAAUUAAAAACUUGUUCAUGUGGGUCCAACCAGAAAUAACACAGAAGCUCUACAUUGCCCUAUGGGCAGCAUUUAUUGCAUCCUGCUUUUUGCCCUACAGGAUUAUUGGGCUUGCAAUGGGACUCUAUGCUGGAAUCAAGUUUUUCCUUAUUGAUUUCGUCUUCAAACGGUGCCCCAGACUAAGAGCUAAGUAUGAUACUCCUUAUAUCAUCUGGACAAGUCUCCCAACAGAUCCUCAGCUCAAGGAUAGAUCUAAUGCUACAGUGUCAAGACGGCUUCAAACAGCAGCAUCCAGAAGUUACGUGGGCUCAAGUGCCCCAGCCGGCAUAAGCAAAGACGAAGACACGAGUCGUUUCCAUACCACCAAGAGGGGGAACUUCCACGAAGUUUUUAACCUAUCAGAAAAUGAGCGUCCUUUGCCAGUGUGUGAAAAUGGCUGGCGCUGUUGCUUGAUAAACAGAGAUAGGAAGAUGCCUACGGACUACAUCAGGAAUGGAGUUCUUUAUGUCACAGAAAAUUAUUUGUGUUUUGAAAGUUCCAAAUCCGGCUCAUCUAAAAGAAAUAAAGUUAUAAAACUAACAGAUAUAACAGAUAUUCAAAAGUAUAAAGUGCUCUCUGUUCUCCCGGGAUCAGGGAUGGGUAUUGCUGUAUCAACGCCAUCUACACAAAAACCUUUGGUGUUUGGUGCCAUGGUACACAGAGAUGAAGCUUUUGAGACCAUAUUCAACCAGUAUGUGAAAAUAACCUCUGCAUCAUCAAGUAGUGAGAGCUAGUAUUGUAUUCUAGGAGACCUAAAGGAACCUUUCUAAUUUUAGAACUUGGUAGUGGAAAAAAAAAAAGAACAUCCUCAUCUAUUUUGCAAUAAUUUUUCUUGUCUGGUGGUUUAUAUUCUCUCUGUUACAUAAAUCAAGUGUAUUUUAUAUAUGCCUUCAUGUUUGUUUUUAAGGGUUUUGUAAAAAAAUGUUUAAAAAGGAGAAAAAAAAACCAAAACACAACAAAAAACCCAACCAACAACAAAAAAACCCAAAAACAAUAAAAUGAAAGAAAACAGUGAAAGUGCUAUCAUCACUAUUAGCCUUGCACAUUAAGCACUUUUAAUGUUUAUUUACUGACAUAAAGCUUGGAGGAUACUUAAAGAACUAGCUAAGUAACAAAGUGAAGCUGAUUGAUCCCUUGAACUCCACUCAUAUCACCAGGGAUACUUUUGUCCAUGCAUCCAUUACUUUUCCCCAAGAUGUGAGAAUGGUAACUGCAGCAGCUUGAGUUCUCUUUUUUUCAGCUCAGAGUUUUUGCUUAAGUUCUUUGUUAAAGCUGAUAGCACACCAAGAAAGUAUUAUCAUCUUAGUGUUUCCAUAUCUAUAACUGCACUUAAAAUAAUUCCUUUCUAAUUCUUGCAUUUCAGAAGGAUGUUUUCCCAGUCUGGUUAGGUUCAAUUUUUCCUGCACAGGUGUUAAAAUUGCUUGUACAGUGAUUUGGAAGAGAAAUUUGUGACUAUAUUUUCCUUUCUUAAUUAACCAAAGUAGGAGAAAGGAAGGCAGGCAGAUACUUUUUAUAAAAGAGGGCACUAAAAUGUUGUUCCUAAAAUGUUAGGCAUCAUAUAUUUGUAUUUCUGUAGAUACUUGAUGCAGAAGGGCUCAACUAUUGUACAUGUUACAUGUACGAGGUGUUUGUAUGUUAAUGCAUUAAAGACUUGCAGGCUUUUUGUGUCGUGGGAGUUGGAAAUAAUGAAACUCGAGAUAGGAGUUUUUCUUUUUUUUCCAAAUGUGGCUUUUCUCCUGAGCUACCUUGUAAUAAAAUAGCAUUAAAAUGUAGCAGCUGAAAGCACUAGUUUAUUUUCAGAGCAUAAUUUGAGACAUGUUGAUAUGUUGCUCCUUUUCCCUUGGCAAAACUAAACAUUAAUAACAAUUAAAUCGAGCAACCAGGUAACACAGGAGGGUUGUGCUCCUUCUCUAAACUCUCUCAGGCCUUUUUAGCAGCCAAGCACAUAUUACCCUUUUGUCUUUAAUAUUAGAAAGCUUUUAGACUUUGUAUAGCACCCAACUGAGAGGUUUAGAAUUUUAUUUGCAUUUUCAUGAAAGCACAGUAGGAGUUACACCAGGCCUUUUGCUCUGUCUUUGGAGUUGAAUAUUUAUGGAUGUCUCCAGACACUAUAUGAAUGUCCUCCCCAAAAAGUAAUGGAGAUGCAAAUUCUUAUGGGACUUGAUUUAAUGGAUCUUUCUUAUUUUAAGCAGCAGGUUUUCUUCUUUAUAGGGAAAGGGGUAACAUGAAGGAAGGAGAAGUGAGACAAACACAAAAAGAUGUUUAAUUCUUACCACAGUUUUUAAAGUUGCUUGACAAAUGCAAAAGUAAUGAAGAAUGUGGCAGUCCAACUGUACAAACUUGAUUUCAUUCUGGCCAUGAAGAGAUAUGGUAUGAGUACCUCAGUAUGAAUUUGAUAGGAAGAAAUACUAUUGAGUACUGUGAUUUGAUUGGGUAUUGUCAAGUGAAACACUGAUGGGGUAAAACUGUCCUGAGUGGGAAUGUGAACAAAAUGAAAGAAAAUCUAUCAUAAUAGCUAAAAUGCUGUUUUUGAGUUUUCCCUUUGGAGUAGCACAUGAAUAUGUCUUCAUAUGACCUGAAAAGGGGGUGCUUUUCUAAAACCUCCUUGGGCAUGGUGGAACUAAGGGCCUGAAAACAUAAAAUAUAAGUGAAGCUGGUGGGAAAGCAGCCACCACCUAAUAGCUUGGCAGUUUACAGUUCUUUGCUUCACACUUGCAGGUUUUAUGUUCAAAUAAAAAUCCUUGAUUUAAUUUUUAUCAAACCUACUUUAAACCUACUUUAAUCUCCUUCUGUAACUGCUGUGUAUUAUCAUUUGACUUUCUUCUCUAGAAACUUCCUGAAUAGUGUGACCGACAAAUAGGCAUUAAAAAUUGCUUAAUGUAAUACAAAUCUUAAUCAGAUUCAUUUGUUUUGUCUUAAAAAAAAAAUCCCUUGGGUGUGUUUAAGGUUAUCCUUUUUUUUGAAGAAACAGAAAACUAUAUUUUUUACAGAGAGCAUGCUCUUUUUCUUAUUCUUGUAUCAUUUUUCAAGUGUAAUUUGUACCUUUGCUCUAAUCAUGACAGCAGUUUAAGUAGGAAAUUGGUUGACUUGCACUUCUCCCACCCGUCACUGGCUGACGCUAGUAUGCAGGAUUCUCCUAGAUUCUGGUUCCCGGAGGAGCUAUAGGUCCUGUAUUGAUGGUGCCAGGAUAGUUAAUCAUACCUAGGCUUAUGGAAGGGAGAAAACAUCAUCAUUUUACCAGACUGAAAUGCCUCAUGCAUGCAACAUGCACCUAAAACGUUUGGGUUUUUUUUGGGGGGGGACACACAAAGUAAUUAGAACCUUCUUACAAAACCUGAUGUUUGAAUUACUCCGCACUUUAACAAUGUGAACUCAAAACUUAGCAAUUCUCAAAGCAGUAAACCUAGUGCACACUGCAAUGCAGCAUUUUUUCAUUCUAAUGUGUAGAAAACAGACUGGAUUUAAAGAAACCACACAAGCUGUAAUAUAACCUACAAGCGUCUGUGUACAUAUCUUGCAAAGUUCACUUUACAUGGGCUUGUCCAGCCUCCUAAUCCACAACUGCUCCUGUGGCCUAAUGAUUUCAGAGAUUACCGGACACAGGGGGCAACUUGGGUGUAAUUGCUGAUGCAUUUGCUCAUGCUUUUCCUACUGCUGCACCCUCCCAAGUUUGGAGGGCAGAAAGGGAUGGUUUGUGAGUAAAUACUUACUUCUAGAAUUACAUUGAAGCUCUCAAAUCCCAAUAUUCCUACCUAGUUUUGCUGUAUCAUCUGCUGUGCUUUAGUAACAGGCUGGGUCAUGCCACUUAAUGUAAAGUGUUACUUUCUGAUAGCAGCAAGUGAUGUUCUUGUCAUUCUGUCUGUCUGUUUGCUGUUUAUAUUUGCAGUUCUUAUAAUACCUGUGGUUCAUUGCUGGAUCAUUCAUGCAUAAUUGGAUUUAACUUCUUUAGAAGCACAUCAGUUAGUUUGAGUCCCUUUUAAAGAGACAAAAUGGAAAAGGGAGAUGAAAACUGACUGCUUUAAUUCUUUAUUGGUGACCAUUUAAAUUCAAAAGGCAAAAAAGCUGAAAUAUGAAAUCAUGCCUUUCCAUGCUCUGUAGCUUUUGUGAGGCAAGAUUGAAUGAAAUAAGCUAUUUAUUAGUAGCACAUCACACAGGAUGCCAGCAGCAAAACCCUACCCCUGUUUCUGCAGAUGAAGAGAAAAGAGAUUUUUCCCAGUCAUGAAGAGAUGAAAGGAUGUAUUUUUUUUUUUGGCUACUUAAUCUUGUAUUAAAACAUUGGUAGUUUUUACUGAAUUCUGUACGUUUUGGCAGACAUUUAAUUUCUACUAAUCACUGAAAUAUAAUGGAUGUUAAGAUUUUUAUGUCUGAAGUUUGAGUCUCUAUUUUGAAGUUGUAAAUAAUUCAUUGUCAGUGUAACUUCUGUUUGACAAAAGACUUAUACAGUAUGAAGAAUUGAAAUGAUGAAAUGAUUUACCCUGUACAUUUUUUAAGAAAAUCUUGUUUGUUUAAAAAGUCUUGUAUAAAUUAUAAUUUUUAUUUAAAUAAAACUAAAAAUGCUUUGUGCUAA